UCAGUUGCCGCUCAGUUCGGCUCAGCGAGGCCAACGAGAAGAAAGGGGGAUCUUUUGUGUGUGUGUCUCGCAUUGUUCCGUAGAAGCUGACUACCUGACCCGACCCCACUGACAAACAUCCUAAUCGUGCUGCGAUCAUCAUCGGUCCAAAGAGGGAAGGGAUACCCUGGAAAAAAAGCGUUUGAAAAAAAAGGAUCUGACUGCGGAAGAAUAAAGACGGAGUGAAAAUAGGACAUCGAGGAAGGAGCCCGACUACGAACGAUCCCUAAGUCACUUCGCGUGGUCUGCAUUGACAGAUAUAAACUCGUGUUGUAAACGGCGCGCGCUCUGUAUGAAUCUCUCUGUCUCUCUCUGGCUGCUGCUGUAUACAUAUAUAUGUAUAUGUGUGUGUAUAUAUAUAUCUCUCUCUUUCUCUCUCGUAACGAUGUAUGGUAGUAACUAAGCAGGCGUAUAUGAGAUAAACACGAGAUUCAGGAAGAAAGUGUAUAGAUAUAAAAGCAAAAGAAAGUGUAAGAAACCCGUGUAUAUACGAUGUUUGGUGCGUCGUCGUAUAUAUUUUAAUAUAUAAAAAGGAGUGCAAGAGUUAUGCUCAGGGUGACAGUUUUAUUGGAGCAGGUGACAUGCCGGCCGGACAUGGUUUACUGGACGGUGUCUGCGCUAGUUAUGUGUGCGUGGAAGCAUUAGGCCGUUUUAAAGACAGAAAUUGCCAAGUGUCUAUGCGGCUGUGAGAAUUCGCAUGGGAACGACAAUAAGUACUUGUGGAAUACAUUGACUGUACUAGAUAUUAGACUUGUCUGUCAAGAAGUUUGACGAUUUCGAAUGUGUGGUUUUUACUUGUUACGUGUGACACGAGUCUAAAGUGUUCCGUGUCUCUUUUUUUCUGUUUCAACGCAUCUCGUCGCUGGAUCCCAACGGAUUACUUGGACAUUAAAAAUCUUGGAUCGGACAUCGUCGUUCCUUUUUUACUGGGAUAUAUAUUCCUUGGGUACGAAUAUUACUUGGAUCAUUAUCACCGUGAUCGCCACGCCAAUUAUCAACGUCAUUUGGAUGUACUUGAAUCACGUGGUGUCGCGUCGUCGCCUCGUGGAUACAAUUUUUUUUGGAUUCUCAUCUUUACCCACUCAACGAUUCCGUCGUCAUCAUCGGUACUUACGAUUAUAUUUCUGUCUGCUGCUCUCUUUAUCUUUAUCCCACUGACGUCCACCUGACCCUCUGCUCUGUUCACCCCUCCACCUGUCUGCCGCGCCGCCACAAACCCUCCUCACUCUAUCCCCUCCUGGCUCACUACACCACUACUCUUCCCUUACUCAACGGCCCGCUUUCUUCGGUCGCUCCGCUCUAUCAUCCUUUUCUGCUCUAUCGUACCGCACAUUCGGUCCCUAUUUCGUGCACGCGUUCCCUCUGUUUACUAUUUUUAUCCGAACGUCAUCAUUGGUACCGUGAUCGUUAUUGGGAUCGUUACCGCUAUCUUACCAACGUCGUGGAUCGUAAUGAUUGCAAUUGCCUGAAAUCAUUGUCAUCUGGAUCAACUCCGCGGAUCGCUAAUAAAAAAACGCAAACGGCCGCAAUCGUUAUAAUUCCAACGAUUCAUCCUCGCUAUCUGCACCAUCGCCGAUCACGUGGCUUGCUCGACGGCGACGCUGUACGACAAUGUGCACGCCGCACCGCUAUGCGGUUCCGGCGUGGGCCACCCUGGUUCCGUCACGCCGAUGGGAUCAGCCACCGGAGCGGGGAAUUCCACCGGGGUGACCUGGUGGGCCAUGAUGAACGGCACCCUCUACGAGGACAGCCCCCCACCCGUACCCCCGACCUCAUCGCUCGUAUCGAUCCAACAACAACAGCAACAAACCUCCAACUCAGGAUCUCAUCAACAAGCCACGAGUCCCACGUCUCCUGGAGCACCGACGUCAGCAACGACAGCACCGCCAGCACCUACAGCCAGCGCGAGCUCGACCUCGCCGAGCGCCUCCUCGGUCGCGAGCAACAGCGCGGCUGGUCCACUUCACAUACCGGCGAAAAGGUUGACCGGUACACCUGCCGGUGGUUCGACCUACGGCGAAGUUCCUUGCGUAGAACCGUCCGGGGCGCCAGGUGGUGCCGCAGGAGUCAUUCGACACUCGCACUCCUCGUCAGCGGGGUCCCAGGGCGGUUGGAGUUACAGUCCACAUCAUCCGCAGGACGCCCAUUACUCCUCCUCUGCCGGAGCCACAGCGGAUUCGCUCAAUCAUCAUCAGGCUUACGGGGGUACUAACCCCCCUACGUAUUACAACCUGGCUGCGGAUCCUACCUCGACUUCCGGCUCGUCCAGGGACAGCCGGAAGGCCGGUGCCACUCUGAGCUUCUGGUCGCCUGCUGCCGCCACGGCGGGAUCCGCGGCUGCCGCUGGUGCCACGUCUGAUUACAAGUCGUAUAAUUCCGGUGGGGCCGCCACAACGACCUCCUCUACAGGAGGCUCAUCCUCCGGGGCUGGGGAUCCCGCCGUCUCAUCCUGCCAUCAGAGCUUCUCGCAGAGCUGGUGCAAUUACUCACCUUAUACCACCGCCAGGCAUCAUCAUCCGGUCGAUACGGCUGGUCAUCAUCAUCCCCAUUCUCAGGCGGGGGUACCGUACCUGACGCCAUCUGCGGCUGAUGACCGGGGGAGGGUUGCUGCCGCGAUGGUUGCCGCUGAAAGUGCUUUCCCUCAUGAUGGAUAUGGUGGACUUAGGAAUUAUGGAGCGCCUGAGCCCGUUACGUCCAGUCCAUAUCCACCUCCAGUGAUGUGGGGUUCCUCCCCAUCUUCGUUGUUUCCUGCAGGUUCCCUCGCGGGCGUCGGCGUGGGUGUCGGCGUCGCGGGGAUGGGCGUCGGUUGCGGCAGUUCGAAUCCCUUGGAAUGGACGGGCCAGGUGACAGUGAGGAAGAAACGCAAGCCCUACUCGAAGUACCAGACCCUAGAGCUAGAGAAGGAGUUCCUCUUCAACGCCUACGUCUCAAAGCAAAAGCGAUGGGAAUUGGCGCGCAAUUUGAAUCUGACAGAGCGCCAGGUAAAGAUCUGGUUCCAGAAUCGACGAAUGAAGAACAAGAAGAAUAGCCAGCGUCAGUCUCAGCAGCAGAACAACAACAACAACAGCAAUGCGAAUAACGCCAAUCAUCAUGGAGCCACAGGCAGUCAUCAUCAUCCCGGAAGUGGCCACGGACCCUCGAGUCACCACGUGGUCGCGCAGGCGCACCACGCGAACGGUGCGACCAAGCAUCAUCAGUGACCCGUGGCCUUCUCUGGGGUCGUCUUCGGCCACCAUCCCCAUACCUCAUCCAUCCAUGGGGGCAGCCAUAGCCUGUCCGUAGGCCACAGCCAUAGCCUCCACGCUCCCCAGCCUCAGCUGACCACGCCGCUGCCCCAUGCGACAGCCACCCCAGGUCCCAUACACGCAUCGCAUACGCAUUCUUCUCAUCAGCUGACGCACGCGGCUCAGCAACAUACCGCACUACUUCAUCAGACACCCCAUGGCUUGGCUGUCUGAGCGCAAUUUCCGGGACUCGUCUGACUACCCCAGAGAAAAGCCUCUGUCGCCGUACAAUUACAAAGGGACAUUGGUACCAGCAUCUUCUCAACCCAGGAUUCGACUUGGAAGAGUGAAGCGAGAUAAUGAUGAAGAAGCGGAAGUACAUAGAACCCCUGUUCUGGAUCCGUGAACGGCGAACUUUUAAAGACGUGCCGUGAUCAGGAGUUCGGGCGCGAGAUACUCGGCCCACGUCGAGCUAUAGUAUAUACAUAUAAAUAAUAGGUGAAACCGCGAAGCAGAAGAUCCGAGGAAGAAACAGAGAGACUUGUAUAGAGUGUGCGUGAGUGUGCGUGCGUGCGUAGGUCGUGCGUUGGCCACUACGAUCCGAGGAGUUUAGCCGAACUAGAGGAAAAAUGUUGUGCCGACUUUGGAGACUCCAGGAGAGAAGGAAAGUGCGCGCCACCACGCUGAGCAAUCUGUCCAGCCCGUAAUACGAUAGUAUUCCUCCAAUUAUACUAUAAUGCAUUAUUAGUGUCACUUAGUGUUUUUUCUUAACCCUCGUGUAUUUACUUUAAAGCGCGCUGCGAUCAGCCCCGUGCACUCGCGCCAGAGGUACUAUGGACGGAUACUUAGAGAAAAUUUGCGCGGGGCUAGUUACUUAACUGCGCUCCUGCUAUUUGUGAUUACAUAGCGAAAAGACAAUUUGGCUGAGCGAAAGGUCCUUCGUUUUUGAAAAACGAAGACAAUGGGUAAGGCCAAAUUUUUGGAAGAAAUUCUUCCAAUACUUUCACCAAAUCAAUUAUUAUAAAUAUAUAGAUUCUAUGCAUAUAAGAAUAUAUUACCAGUGAUAAUCCCAGUGAUAAGCUCCCUAAGGAUAGUUAAACGUAUUAAAAAGAAUUUUUCGCUUAAUAAAAAAAAAAAAAUGAAUAAAAGGGAAUUUUGCGAAGAAUACGAGUAUCCGAACCACGCGACGAUCUCUCCAAAAUUUUCUCCUACCUAUCCGACCCUAUAGAGAACAGUCACUGCAUCCUAAAAAGUGUCUCUUCUCGUUGCUCAGCCAAAUACAGUGCAAACGCAAUAGCACCGAGUCGCGAGAUAAGUAAGGAGAUAGUGUAAAACAUGCGAGUAAAAAAAAAUGCGAAAAAAGAAAAGAAAAGAAUCAUCCCCAAAAGAAUUCUUUAUAAACGGUCAUCUCCAACAAAAAAAAAUGUCGUACUCAUCGCCUACCAAGGAUCGCAACAAUCGUACCUAUGAUUCAAUAAUUGUAUGUAACCAAUUUUAGAUUAAACGUACUCACAGUCAUUAUACCGAGUGGCGCGUAGUCGUUCACUCGAACGUGUCCCGCCAUCAUGUACUCUAUCCCACCAGCAACUAAAUCGGUGCAUUUGCGAACUGACUCGCGAACAUGAAAAAAAAAGGUACUUAAAGGACGAAGACACUGCAACAGUGUAAUACGUCAUUGUCAAUCAUGGCAGUGGAUAACAAGAAAGAGCCAGCGAGUCUGCUAGUUAGAAAGUAUUCGGUCGAAGGACUGACAGUGUCCAAGACACUUAGAUUUUUGACCGAUUUGAAAGAAAAAAAAAAACAUAAAAUGAAAUUAUAUGGAAAA